AUUUUGAUGUUGAUUGCUCAAUGCUCAUAGACUAACUACAGAGUCAUACUCGGCUAGUCAGCUAUUAUCUCUAUCUCUUAGUCGUAACUCGUGAUAUUCUAGGUAUAACUGUUUAAUUUUUCGUUAUUUAUUUUAUCGUUUAUCCUUUAAACAAUUUACAACAGUUGCGGUAAUAAUAAUUUUCAGUUGUUAUCGUUUCGUGUUCAAAAUUAAAAUUCAUAUUCGAUCCCGUAAUAUGUGAGGAUAGUUCACUGAAAAAAAAUGCCGACUGAAGUCACUGUACAGAAUUUGUACAUUUUUAACUCGACGUUAUCAAAAAACGAGGACGAUGGAGCAAAAAAAAUAUUAUUUUACUAUCCAGAACAUGAGGACGAGAACAAAAAAAUACUCAAYGUCGGUCACAUUGAAGCUGUAAUCUGUUUUGCACGGAAUUUUAAUGCAAAUGAGCCAUGUGAAUCAUUGCGUACUGAAAAAUCAUUGCAAGUGUUAUUCAAUGCGGAACCAGAUUUUUGGAUAGUUAUUACUGUGUCAGCAGAAUGUAAAUCUAAACAAAAGUCUUCAGAGUCCCCCGAUGAACCUGUAUAUUGCACAUAUAAUCUUCAAGAACCAAUUUAUUUAGCUGUCCUGAAACACUGGUAUCAUACAUUUCAAAUGACUGUCGGUAAUAUGACUAAGCUCAUGAACGAUAAUGAUCCAGAUUAUCUUAGACUUAUGCUUAACAAAUUUUAUAGCAAGUAUUUACAGAGUACAGAUGUAUCGAGUUACACAUUUAUGGAUAUGUUUCAAGGCAUUAGUUUUCUUCCUUUAGAUAAUGUCAUUCAUUUGUAUGCUCAGAGUUUUCUAAAUAUUAUUGAAAACACAUUUCAACAAGUACAUUUUACAAUGUUACUUUAUAAUGAUUCACUUGUUUGGAGUGGUCUGAAUAAACGACAAACACAACUUGUGUAUUCUUAUAUUUUAAUGUGGGUUUUACCAGAAAUUGCAAAAAAAGACAAUUUAGUCAAAGGGAAUUUAGUACAACAAUGUUUGCCCAAUCAACUAGUUGGAAGGUUUAUUACAAAUGUUUGGGCUGUGAAAACGGAUAGUUGGAUUAGUGAUUUGGGUAAAGUACCUAUUUUAAGGUUAAAUGAUGAAAGUGACCAAAUAUUCAAAAGCUAUAGGCUAGUUAUGUAUAAAGCGCAUCACUCAAUUGUAUGCAUGUUUAUCAAAAUGGAAAGCCCAUUAACAGCAGAUUUGUACAACACCUUAGAUCAGUUUCUUGGGACAAAAUUACAUUUGUUAUCGGAGAAGAUGAAAAAUGCAGUUGAAAAGACAUUGGCUUCGAAAUUGUAUACUGAAAGACCAGCUAAAUUUGUGUAUUUUAAUGCUAUGAAUUUAGCUAUUAAAAAUUCAAUUAGGUAUCCAAACACAGCAGUUACAACUAAUAGACUAUCUGAAUUUAAUCUUAGUCCGGAUGCAUUACGAGUGCUAGUGGAUAUAAGUAGUCAACAAUCUUGCAUGCACCCAACUUAUUCUGUUAUGAUAAAAACAUCUAAUGAUAACUGGGUUGCUGGUAGAUUAUGCAAUUCACGAGAAAUUUAUAUAGUGUUGAAUCAAAAGUUGACUAAGUUAAACGACGUAGAUUCUGAAAUUCAAAGUCUUUGUGCUCAGGAAUUCGGAACGUGUUCCCGUAAUACCUCAAAACGUAAUCUAUCAUCAUCGUCUACCAAAGACAGCAAAAAAAAAAGCAAAAUAUUUGUUACACCCAACAGAUUUGCAUCUCUCUCCGAAGAUGUCGAUUCUCCUCCGGAGGUGUUCAGCCCUCUGCCCGUCAAAUUGUCAUCUCAGGAUCAGCUUAAUUUAUCGCCGGCCAACAUGAAGUCACCCUCUCCGACUAAAGUUCAGACACCUCCYUUUUACGUAAGUGAAGGGGAUGAAAUUUCCACGCUCAAAAACGCUAUAUUUGAUAUAACUGAAUCGUCGAGCAUUCUAUUUAAAUCGACUCCUAAAUUUCUGAUUAUCCACGCCGGCACCGUAGUUGCYUGGAACACUAUUUUUAAAUACCUAGCCGAUAACGAGCAGUUCAAAUUCCAUACUCACUUUCCCAAGCCAUUAAAACCGUACAGUGUAUUUAUCAGACACCUCCACCCGUCUACGCCCGUUGAAGACAUACAAGCCUWCAUCACAGAUAAUGGCCAUGAAGUAAUUCAGGUCACAAACAUUUUACACCGUAUCAACAMAAAGGCAUUGCCUCUUUUUCGUAUCGAUCUAAAACCUGCAACCAAUAAUAAUAGCGACAUUCUAAAUAUUGACUCGCUGUUACACACCAAAAUUAAAAUUGAACUUCCAAAAAAAAAAAACGUGCCCCUCCUCAAUGCAAGUCAUGCCAAGCUUACUUUCAUACAAGUAACUUUUGUCAUCAUAACCCUCGUUGCGUCAAAUGCGGAGAUAACCACAUCUCCUCCGAAUGCUCAAAAUCACCUUCCACUCCCAUUAUACUCAGGACCACACAUAAGCCUCCUACAAGGGUUGUCCCGUGUACAAAAAUAUUAUCAAAAACCAAGCUAA